AUGAUGAAAAGUAAUUUGUCAAAAACAAUCGGUUACGGCCAUCAAAAAGGCUUUCAAUUAUGGAGGCAUGGUGAUCGAAGUCCGUUAGCGAUAUAUCCGAAUGAUCCACAUAAGGAGUCAAUAUGGCCUAAUGGAAUAGGUGAACUUACUGAGAUUGGUAUGCAACAGCUAUUUAAAGUUGGAAAACGUCUUCAUCAGCAAUACAUCAAUUGUACGCCACCAUUCCUGUCAAAAAGUUAUUACAACAGAGAGAUAUAUAUUCGAAGCACGAAUGUUAAUAGAACCAUUACAAGUGCGAUGGCACUUUUAGCUGGAAUGUUUUCUAAUGGAAUUGCCGGAAAAGAUUAUCCUCGGCCAAGUGUUGAAAUAAAUUGGCCUUACGGUUGGAUACCAAUUCCUGUUCAUACGGUGGAACUUAAAUAUGAUCAUAUUGGUAAUCCAUUUCAUCAUUGCAUGGGAGCAGAACAAUUGGAAAGAGAAGGAUAUCAAAGCAGUGAUUUUCGUGAAACAACAAUAAAGCAUCAGGAUUUGCUAGCACAUUUAUCGAACAUGACAGGCUAUCAAAACCUUCAAUUAGACGAACGUUUCAUUUUCAUUUUGGAUACCUUAAAUGUUGAACGUUUUCAUAAUUUAAAAUUGCCGGAAUGGUUUACAGUAAAUACUGAAAAAGAAAUGAAAGUUUUGAACAGGGAAAUACGAAAAUACCGAUUUGGAAACGCAAAAUACUUCGGUUCAAAUAAGAGACUAAUUCAAUUACGUGGUGGUACCGUAUUGAAUGGUAUCAUUGAUAAAUUACAACAGAAAUGGGAAUGCAUGAACGGUGAUAAUAGCAAAUGUGUCUGGUACAAACGUAUCAAAUUCUACGGAUUAUCUGCUCACGAUGUAACAAUUUCCGCACUACUGAUUGCAUUGGGAGUAAAUUUUGAAAAUGUGGACAUCUAUAAUCCACAGUAUGGUGCUACUAUAUCUUCCGAGCUUUAUCGAUUUAAUAAUCAACCAUACGUUAAAUUUUUGUAUUCAAGUAUCUAUUCGGAUGAACCGAAAUCGAUAACUCAUUUAAUACGAGGAUGCUCAAUAACAUCUGACCUUUGUCCGUUUGAAAAAUUUAUUGUCGGACAGAAAGAUUAUUUGCCAACAGAUAUUGAAAAGGAAUGUUAUCAAUACGUGCAAGAAAUACGACGAAGAAGUGAAGGUUCCAUUCUAAAAUGA